UUAUUAUUUAACAACUUAAUUAACCAUUUCGUCAUAUGUCAGUAUGAUACCGUAUGUAAAGAACAAUUAAAAUUUUUAGUUCAUAAUAUUUUUUUUUGAUUUUUUAAUAUUGAGUAAUAUUUAGAUCAUUUGAUAAAAAUGGCAACAAAUGCAGAAAUCAAUGUGAAAAUUUCAUCUGAGUUUCGCAACAUCCUACUAGAAUUGGUUGUAGCAUAUUUAAUUGAUCAACCUCCUGAUUUUCUCGAUUUUGCCAUAGAAUUUCUAACAGAAAAAAGAAAUGAGAAAUUAGGGACCGCCCAGUACGUUCGACCAGAUCUAUUCGAGACCGAAGAAGAACUAGAGGAUGACUACAUAGAUCGCCGAGAACGCAGGAGAUCCGUCUUUGCUGAAGCUUACGAUCCCGAGGAAGAAGUUGAGUUUAAACCUCCAGUAUAUCCUAAGGAUAAAAAAGAAAAAGCAAAGAUGAUGGACGCUAUGAAAAACAUAUUAAUUUUCCGAUCGUUGGACAAUUCGCAAAAGGAACAAAUACUUGAUGCUAUGGUUAAGAGAGAUGUAUUCCCUGGUGAAGUGUUAAUUAAUCAGGGAGAGGAAGGUGAUUUCUUUUACAUUAUCGCUGUAGGAAUCUUCGAAGCUUGGAAGGAUGACAAAGUAUUGCUAAACAAGUAUGUCAAUAGUGGCAGUUUCGGCGAACUAGCUUUGCUCUACAACGUCCCGAGAGCUUGCAGUGUCAAAGCAAUCACUGAAGGAACUGUCUGGGUUUUGGAUAGAUUAACCUUCCGCAAGAUCGUUCUGACGAAUGCCUUCAGGAAAAGAAAGAUGUACGAGAUGCUGAUAGAGGGUGUACCACUGCUGUCUGCUCUCAACGAAUACGAGAGGCUAGCAGUUGCCGAUGCACUUGUAAGCCAAACCUUCCAAAACGGGCAGAAGAUAAUAGGGCAAGGGGAUUCGGCCGAUGGGAUGUACUUCGUGGAGAGCGGCAAGGUGAAGGUGACGGUCAGAGGUAAGGACGGGGCUGAAAUCGAGAUAAAGCGGUUGGAAGCCGGGGAGUACUUCGGGGAACUGGCCCUCCUGACCUGCAAGCCGAGGGCGGCUUCGGUCUACGCCGUUGGGACCGCCAGGGUCGCAUUCUUGGACGUGGACGCCUUUGAGAGGCUGUUGGGGCCGUGCAUGGACAUCAUGAAGAGGAACUUCGAGACCUACGAGACUCAGCUGAACCAACUGUUUGGAAAGUCCAUCAUCUCACCUCAUGAGGUGAGGCAAUCUCAAAGGCAAUAAAGGUUACUUAUAGAGGAGCAUUUGAUGUAAAUUCUGUUAAUUAAUUAUUGAGGUACAGAUCAAGUCACGAUGAUGAAAUGCAUCAAGUGUUGACAUAAAUAAAUUCGCCAUUUUAUCAAAUGUGUUAGUCUUAAAAUAAAUUUUUUUUUGACAUA